AUGCCUGACUACAUUUCCGCCGAGAAGAAGACUGACGAUGCGUCAGCUUCACAUCGAAAGGGAGGCACCAGUAAGGGCUCGAAUUCACUCGUGUUUAGGGUGUUGUCGUGGAUUUAUGGGACGUUUCCGUUUUUGAGCGAGAUAUGGUACUGGUUACUUACAUAUUGGGUGUAUCAGCUUAGUCGUGCUUUCACGGCGCGAGCUAUUGCGCCGUAUCCGCAUGUUUAUCUCGUUGCGAAACAGCAUGCUUUGCAGUUGCUUGCGAUUGAGCGGUUUCUUCAUAUCGACUUUGAGCAGGCCUUUCAAGAGUAUAUCCUUACGAAGCAUGCUUAUAUCAUGCCACUUUUGAGACACAUUUAUCACUCGCAUAUUAUUAUUGGCGUCGUCUUUAUUGUGUAUAUUUAUACUUUCCUGCCGCCUCCGCUAUUCAGACGUAUACGCCGCACAAUCGCGAUGGAUAACUUCAUCGCUUUUAUUGUUAUUUCUCUCUGGAGGUGCUAUCCUCCGCGGAUGCUUCCCCCGGAAUACGGCUUCAUAGACAUCCUCCACGAAGGAAAGACGGGCUCCGUAUGGACGCACAACCGGUUUCGACUAACGAUUGCCGCGAUGCCAAGUCUUCACUUUGGAACGUCGGUCUUGUUUGCGGUGUGUUUGGCGAGGUUUAGUCCGCAUAUGGUGAUGCGGGUUUUGGCGCCGCUGUGGCCGCUGGCGAUGUUUGUGACGGUUGUUGCGACGGCGAAUCAUUUCGUGCUGGAUGUUGUUGCUGGUGCGAUGAUACCGCUGUUGGGGUGGCGGUGGAACAGGGCGGUUUUGGUGUUGGAGGGGGUGCAGGACUGGGUGUUUUCGCCGGUGGUUGAGAGGAUGGAUUGGAGUUUUGGGGGGGAGGCUCGUAGAGAGGUCGAGAGGUGA